CACUGACUGAUGUGGAGAUACAGCUGUUUUCGUUCAACUUUGUUUUAUUGAGUUCAGAUAUUAAUAGAUGUGGAUUUUAAACUGUGUGUGGCAUCCCGAUGUCGGAAAUACCAAAGCUGUAUAUAAGACUACCAGGUUCUAAGAACUCUACGGGCAGUUCUACAAUCACAACCCCACAAGCCCACGUCGUCCCCGUCGCCCCCGCCUGUCCCGUGCUGCGACCACCGCCUAGAAUGGACACCAGCAGCUCAGGGGGCAUCACUCUCUUCAGUCCGCACACGAUCCCGCCAAAACGACUCACCUGCUGGACGGGGAGACAACUCUUGAAACCUGCAGUCAAAGAUUUCAGUGAUCAUCAUUUUCCAACAAAACGAAGUCUCUCCACAUCCUCGGAUGAGGACUCUUUCAACUACUCAAACCACGUGUCACAAACGUUGCUUAGCGACCGAAAGCAGAUUCUGACGUGCAGACCCUUGGAGACGUUUCGCCAGUCUAAUCCGCGAAGCAUAUGGAACACUUCCGGUAGCCCUGACAACGCAGAGGAGAUCCACCGGCGCCAUGUUCAAAGAAGCGCACGUCUGCGAUCUCGUCUGGGUUACUCCCGAUCUCUGAGCGCCAACCAGCUGUUUACAACCCAGGCCCCUCAGAUAGAACCAGAAACACCACUGUGCUUGCAAAUAACCAGACCUGGUGAAGGCAUCGGCACAAAAGCUGAAUUUCAACGAAGAGUAUUUUCGGCGCGACCUGCCAAUACCGGAAGGUACUUCGACAGCACAAACGGACUGCGCAGUCGCAAUGGCGGUCACGGACGACGUCCAAGAACCGCGGGGUCGUGGCUAACAGCCGGCCUGAACAUUCAGAGCAUCCAACUCCAUUCGAAAAUGCCCUUGUUGUCUAAACGAAGAACACUGCAGGAGAACCUAAUAGACAAGCAUCUCCAUUCUGACAGAAGUCAGCAGGAGAAUGAGCUAGAGACUUGCAGUAGUUCCAACACGUCAUUCCAGAAGAAUAUUAGUAUUAUAGACAUUGGCACAAGUACAGAUACCUAGAAACAAACUGGCUCACACAUUUUAAUAUUUAAUUUAGCUAAGUUACACAUCAGUAUUAAUAUGUUUUCGAUCGAUGGACUAUGCUUGUUUGCGACUGUUAUUGUGCUGUUUAUUUCUUCUAUUAGCUGGAGUCAUGUAGUAAUUUAUAUAUUUUAGAAUGUACGAAAUGACUAUAUUACAAAAGGUAAUGUUGAGGACAAAGGAGUUAUUUUGAAAGUACGCCCGUGGUGUUGACUGAAAAGAUUUUUACGCGGGAGUUUGGGGAUGUUUCUGUUUGGAAUAUUCGAUAGCUGUUUCAGGUGGCGAGAGUACCUAUAUGACAAGCACAAAAAAAGAGAAAGGAAUGUAAUGCAGUAUUUGUUUUUGACACGCCUGUUGCACAAAGCUGAAACGAUGGAUAUUAAGUGUAUUUCAUUAUUGUGAUUAUGACAUAUGAUGAUGAUGGAAGAAUAGUCAGAGGACGCCACAAGGGCUAUUGCUACACACACACACACACACACACACACACACACACAUAGACAUACAUACUAAUUACAGGUACAUAUGUAUUAAUUUUCCUAUAUUUAUUUAUUUUAUUAUUUAUUUAUUUAUUUAUUUAUACAUGUAGUUUAUUUAUUUAUAGUUUAUUUUAAUUUUAUUUUUUUAUUACUGUUUAUAGGCAAAAAUAUUAUCAAAUAUAGGUGGACACAUAACAAACAAUUUUACAUUUGUAGAAGUAAGAACCAAAACAUAUUUUCUUUAAUAAUUACACUAUCAAAUAUUACAGGCUUAUAAGAAUAUUUCUGAAAUUAGUUUACACAUGUGACGCCUAGUCUAGUCGACCCGAUUUCAUGAACUGUGCAUGCAGUAGGUAUUUUCAGUUGCGUAUAUAUAUAUAUAUAUAUAUAUAUAUAUAUAUAUAUAUAUAUAUGUAGAUUAUUGCAUAAGCGGGAUGCCAUACGGAAUUUAUGAAACGAGUUUGGAAAUGGUUUAUAAAAGAAUUUCUAUAUCUUACAUAUCCUCAAAAAACAGGUUUUAAGCAAACUUUAACAUCUUUUUCGACUAAAAGUUAUUUACAGCCGUUGCACUUGCAGCUGACUUACGCGUCACAGACACGUGAUUGCAAGGUUAAC